AUGGAACGUAUAUUGGGUGAUUUGGCAGACACAGACGAGACAAUAGCAGAAACUAUCAAAAGCCCUAAAAAGGUAUCGAGUUCAACAGGAAAAGCAAAAGAGAAAGAAAAAAAAGUAUCUGUUACACCAACUGCCACAACCACUUCCGCUGAAUCUGCCGGCACCACGACCGAAAGUUCAAGCGCUGAUGCGCCUGUGAUACCGUUUUCGCUCGCCACAGGUGUGCGAACACGAUACAUUGGGGAUAUGAGUCCUUUGCCUUUUUUGGCUCAAAAAAUCAAUUUUGAGGAUGCUCGCAUUGCAUCGAGAAUAGGUAUUAAAAUCAGAAGAUUCGGUCAGAGUUUAGUCUUGUACGAAAAGGAUGAAUCAUUGAAUGGCAAAACAUUGGAACAAAGUAUGUUGGAAGAUUUGAAUCUGAUAAAACCAGGUGAGACAAUCAAGGGCUUAAAUGAUUGGAUCUAUAAAGUCGCUGGUGUGGAUAAAGCUACAAGCGAUAGUCUUAUGAAAAUCUAUUUCGCAUAUAUUCAUCCUGGUUUACCGGUUGUAAACAAGGUACUUUUCCUAAAGCAGUAUCGUGGAGAAAUUGGUGAAUAUCCUUCCGCGCCACUUUUAAAUGCUAUUUAUGGUGCAGCAGUGCGUUACAUUGAAACGUGCGAAUUGAACGGCGAUAAAAUUAUGCAACACCAUCAUAUUAAAAUGAAAGAAGGUUGGUCUGAGGGAUUCUUUGAAAACUUGCUUACUUUUAUCAGAGGACGUUAUACACCCUGUAUUGCAACCGUUCAAGCCUUGGUAAUCGGACAAAAUCAUCGUGCCAGUUUAGAUGAAAAAUUGGCAAGCGCUUGGUUAUUAAAUUCCGCAGCGCAAGAUCUUGGACUUCAUAGAUCAAGCGACUGUUGGGAUAUACCGGCGUCCGAAAAGGAAACACGUAAAAGAGUCUGGUGGUCUGUUUAUAUUAUGGAUAAAUGGUCUUCAGCUUCAACAGGUCGACCUCAGACGAUUUUUGAUGAGGAUUGUGACGAAGGAUAUCCAAGUGAAAUUGCUGACUGGGAAGAAGUGAUGGACGUAAAAACAGGCGAGUCUCAGGAUAAUGGCCCUAGAUACCCUUCUUUGGAUAAAAGUGUUGCACAGAAAGCUAAAAACGAAAAAAUCCCGAUAUAUCAACCCUUUGUACAACUUGUGAAACUUUCUGAAAUUCUUGGCAGAAUUUUACAAGGUUUAUAUACACCUUUAGCUAAAAAACAUAGUGAAAAACAUGGUAGUGAUGCUGUCGUUACCUAUCUCGAUAACGCCUUGUCUGAAUGGAGAUCAGCCUUACCACCAGCUUUACAAAUCUCCACUAUCAACGUGAGGCGCUUAGAUAGUCAUGGCCGAACUCCGUUACUCUCCAUGUCAGGUCUCAUGUAUUUAUCUUAUUGUACAUUGUUAAUAUUAUUACAUAGACCGUUCAUUGAAAAAGAAGGACAAAAUACCCGUUCAUCAAAAUCUUCACUCAGCAUAUGUACCAGUGCUGCUACACGGUGUGUCGAUAUUGCCGAGAAAAUGCAUUAUCGAGAUUUUUUGCUUGUAUCCUGGAAUUUUGCUAUAUAUCCAGUUUUUACGGCUGCCUUAAUUCAUAUAUAUAAUGCCUCUAACCCCGAUAGCAUUGUAUCUGAUGAGGCCAAAUCAAAUUUAAUUAAAGCUACCGGCGUGAUUAAACGACUUUCGAAAUUAUCAUCUGGUGCACGACGCUUAUAUGACGUACUUCGACAAUUGAUGAGACUCCGAGAGAUCACGGUGGAUAAUAGCGAGCUAUCCGACGACACUACCGUAAAAGAAAAUAAGCGAAAAACUUGUCAUGUUCGUAAGAAUACGGCAAGUGGUAGUAGAUUGUACCUUAACAGGGCUUCUUCAACAGAAAUGAAUUCUCCUAUGCUAUCUGAUUCUGAAGUAGCAAGUACGCAUUCUACGCCUUCUUCCAUCGGGAACGGCGAAUGGAUCAAUGGGCUAUAUUCCCAAUUGCAGACCGACACUCCAUUUGAUGCCGAGCCUUACUCCUUAAGACAAUUUGGUAUUAAUAUGAAUCAAAUGUACACGCCUAUGCAAACACCAGCUAUGCCACAGCAAUACCAACCCAAUAUGCAACCCCAACCCAAUAUGACAAAUAUGAUGCUCCCCACAAACCCUGCUGAUAGCUUCUUAUUUGGAUUAACUGACCUGUCAUUCUCCACCCCAUAUCAGCCUGGCAUGAUAGAUCAUACCCUUUUCAGAAAUCGUCCUGAUAAUCCGUUUUGGUCUGUGCCUAGCAGUAUUGAAUUGGAUGACUGGACAGCAUAUUUGCUACCUCAACAACCUACCUCUACGUCAAAUACACAUCCAAGAGACUGGAAUCCAGGUUGGGCGUGA